GGUUCAUCUUGAACGGUUACCAGGUCAACGGCUACAUCAUCAUCAAGGCGGGAACUGGGUCAGUUAGAAGCUACUUUAGCUUAAACAAUGCUGGCUUUAAGUUAGCCGUCAUAAGAUUCACUAUUCGUUAUUACUGUCUAUGUCAGCAGGUUGUAAGCUGCUAUUGCAUGUUAGACUAGUAUGUCAGUAUUGUAGGUAAUCAAUUUUCAACCUAAGCCUAAAGGUUGCCACAAACUUAUACAGGAUACUCAAUUUCACUCUAUUAAAACACCAAAAAAAAAAAAAAUUAAUCUGACACGGUCUGAAAUAGAGUUAAAAAACAUUUUUAAAUUCAUCUCAUUCUUUCAUGUUCAGCUGCUCUGCUGCGUCUGGUCCAGGAAACGGCAACGAGUCCAGAACCGUCUAUCCAUGUCAGGAAUUUGUAAGUUUUCAUUUUAGUUUACGAUAUUUUUUUUUAAACUUCAGGUAGAGUUAUUACUUUUUUAAAAAAAUGAGCUUGGAAGAUAGCACUUUGCUUUACAACUAGUCUAUUUAGCAUAGUGUCUUUUUAAAGCCUUUAUCUCAACUUAGCUUUAUGUUUUUGUGGCAAAAUCAUUGUAAGACUGAAUGACCAACUUCUCGUCAUCUUUCGAGCUGAAUUUGACACAUAGGCUGGUUGCUGAUGAAAAACAGUCUGUGAAAUUUUCAUCACACCCCAUAUCCCCCUACCACACCACAAAAAAAAUUCAAGAGGGAAGAUAAAGGAAUUAUGAUGCCAUGAUUUCUUUAGAACUGUAGCUAUCUUCAAGUCGCACAACAUGGAAAUAAAAGGAUUCUAACGAAAAAUAUUUGUUUUAAGGGUUUGUUUAAUUUACACGUUUUUAUGUUCUUAAAUUCACUUUGUGUAUGAAAAGUUCACGAAAUAUUCCAUUUUAAAUGACGGUAUUAAUUUUAAGGUGAUCUUGAUCAUGGCAUUCAUCGUCUGCAACCCUGUGGGCAAUGCAAAAGUAUCAUGACCAGCCAUGAGUAUUAAAUAUAUUGAAUAUGAAUACAAAGUCUGAGAUAAUAAUUAAGUGAAAAACUUACUGCGUGGGUUGUCAAAGUUUUAAAAUGAAAACUUAAUCGUUGUGUAAAGAUAAGCUAAGAUGUUGAUAUAAAAUCAAAGAAUUGUUUCACUCAGUUAUUAUAUCCUUUCGAUUCAUUUCCAGCUCAUCAACUCACACGAGAUGCUUCACAUGCUCAACGGCGCUCACGUCCAGCAGGGAUUCAUAAGGGACAGAUACAUGUCAAUCAACAAUGAUAACAUUCAGCCAAGUAAGUCAUAGCAAACUGGGAUGUGGUGGAGAUCGAGCUUAGCUGACAAGCGAGCAAAGCAGGUCACAUCAAAUUAGGAUGUUUUUGAGGUCGAGCUUAGCUGACAAGCGAUCCAAGUAGGUCAUAUCAAAUUAGGAUGUUGUUGAGGUCGAGCUUAGCUGACAAGCGAGCCAAGUAGGUCAUAUCAAAUUAGGAUGUUGUUGAGGUCAAGCUUAGCUGACAAGCGAGCCAAGUAGGUCAUAUCAAAUUAGGAUGUUGUUGAGGUCGAGCUCAGCAGACAAGCGAGCCAAGUAGGUCAUAUCAAAUUAGGAUGUUGUUGAGGUCGAGCUCAGCAGACAAGCGAACCAAGUAGGUCAUAUCAAAUUAGGAUGUUGUUGAGGUCGAGCUUAGCUGACAAGCGAGCCAAGUAGGCCAUAUUAACCUGGGAUGGUAUUGUGGUCAAGCUAAGCUGACAAUCGAACAGUUUGGGUGGGUUUUUUUAAAUUGUAAUUUCAUGUAUAAUGACAAGCUCAAACUUAACACUUUCCCCAACCCAUUCAGCCCCAGUCCCACACUGGACGCAGAUUUUGACAAAGCUUUUCAUGUAUCAGUCGAGAGUUUCCUUUAAUCAUUUGGUUGAAUUUAAUAACGUUAAAACUUUUAUGUUUCACUAAAUAAUUUAUCAAUAAUUAUUUUAAAUAUUUUUUUCAAUUUAGAAAGAAAAUUUUAAAAGCAAAUUACUAUUCCCCGGACACAUACCUAUGAACCAAUUUUUUUUUCAGUUGAGUCCGCCACGAAUUUUUUAAAGGGCACGUCUGAUCGCUUUAUUCAAUGUUUUGCUUGCUGUGUAAUAAAUAUUCCUUAUAGCCAACAAAUCAAGGAUUUUCGUUCCUGGCUAAUAUUUUUCCUUAGUCUGAACCAUAGAAAAACAACCAAAUUUUUUCUUAGCCAUAGAACAACAACCAAAUUUUGCCUGAGACAUAGACCAACCACCAAAUUUUGCCUGAGACAUAGACCAACCACCAAAUUUUGCCUGAGCCAUAGAACAACAACCAAAUUUUGUCUGAGACAUAGACCAACCACCAAAUUUUGUCUAAGCCAUAAACAAUCACUACAUUAAUCGCACCUGGUUUAAAUAUUCAACUUUUUUUGAGCCAUCACGCGCCAUGAAGGGCGCCAUAUGCUGUGUACUUUAUCAAUAUUUUAGUAUGAAAAAUCUCUGAUGUCCUCAUAAAAAUUUUUUGUUGUCCAUAUCUUUGGCUUGAAACAAAAAAAACUGGUCUGAACACGUGUUACAUCCGCAUAGAAAUUCUCACAAAGUCGCAAAAACACACACAUUCGUGUAUAUAUAAACGCAAAUAGACACACAUGCACACACAUUCGUGUAUAUAUAAACGCAAAUAGACACACAUGCACACACAUUCACACACACAUAAACGCAACAUCCGUUCAUAUUGAUUAAAUUCCAUAUUCAGCUAAGUAUUGAUUUUGAAGAUGUAGAUAAACAUUGAAAUAUGUUAUAAUUAGCUUCUCAUUACAGUAGAUGUGAGCAUCGUUAGUUCUUGUAUUUCAAUACAGUCCAAGGUCUUCUGUUCUCGUUACAGUAGAUAUGAACAUUGUAAAUUCUUAUGCUUGUAUACCAUUCCAGGUCUUCUGUUCUCCUACGAUGCCUACCUUGACGACGGAAACUUCUACAACACUUACUUUGAUCCAGCGUCUACCCUCAUGUAUGGCUCAAAGGUGAGUGACUGA